UGUCUCGGAGCUUUCAUUUGAUGCAGGCGGAAGUGGAAGCAAGAUAGGCGUCCGUGAUCAGCUGAUUGAGAGACAUUGAGAAUCAACCUUUGAAACGGGAUGGGAGGUUGUAGGAGAGAUGGAAUUGGAGUGACAAGGAGGAAUGUAGUGAAAGAAAAGAGGGAUGAAGAGUGGAUGGCGAGGAAGGGUUUACUAGAUGUUGUAAGGGAAGGAGAGGCGAAUCAGACGGAUACGUAUGAUGAUAUGUUAAGAAUUUGCUGGGGUAAACAGGAGUGUUGGAGUUGUCUUGGUACGAAGUCUGAGGAGGGAGAUGUUGGGUGUAGUUGGUGUCCUAGUUCCCAAACCUGCAUCCCAAACCCAACUCACCCUCCCUUCUUCGCCCCCUUCGUCAAUUCAGACAUCUGUCCCUUGUGGUACGAGCGCUGGGAACUAAGGACUACUCCCCUCGGCUGCCACGUCUCUACUAUCACCGUCAUGGCUGUGGUGGUAGCGGUGCUUUCCACAAUGCUGGUUCUUGGAGCUGUGGGAGGCGUGGUGGUUUGUGUUAGGAAGUGGAAUGCGGAUGAGGAAAGUAGAGGGUGGUGGAAGGUUUGGAGAUGGAGGGUUGAGUUGAGGGAUGUUGAGCCUAGGAGGGGGAGGAGUAGGGUGAGGACGAAUGGAGGGGUGGUCCAAGGGGAGGAGGAGGAGGGGGAGAGGAGGCCGUUGUUGGACGGGGAUUGAGGGCUUCGUUGUAAGCCAGCGCAGCCUCCUAUUGUAUGGAUCUGUCGCCUUGCUUGUACUUGAUUCUUCUAGGGUUGAUACACCCAAGAGCCAU